AUGGGAACAAUAUUUGGAGAUGAUUUACUUUACAACAACCGACUUGUUCAAUGGGCAGAAAGGGAAAUUGAAUUAUUUGUGAAAUUGGUUAAAGAAAACGCCCCUUCUUCAGAAACUGUUUCAGCUUUACAUGCUGCAAGUGUUUGUGUUCAGGCUAGUUUGAAUCACUGCUCAGUGUUGGAAUCACAAGGGCUAAAGUUGUCAAAAGUGCUUUUAGUGCUUUUGGAGCCUUAUAUUGAAGAAGUUCUUGAAUUGAAUUUUAGAAGAGCAAGAAAAUUAGUUUUUGAUUUUUCAGGAAAUGAUGAAAUGUUGCCAUUGUCACCUCGCCUUGCCUCUCCUUUGUCUACUUUCGCUAUAUCUUCUGAUGGAAUGCUUGUUGAUAGUGGGACCCGUUUCAUCUUCAUGGUCAAAGAUAUAGUGGAGCAACUAACGCGCCUAGUCAUCUUACACUUUGGAGGAAACAUUUUAACAAGAAUUCUAAAACUUUUUGAUCAAUACAUGGAUGAACUCAUAAAAGCUUUACCUGAACCUUCUGAAGAUGACAGUUUAGUGGAGUUAAAAGAAGCAGUACCUUUUAAAGCUGAAACAGAUUCCCAACAACUUGCCCUUUUGGGAACUGCAUUCACCAUUGCAGAAGAGCUAUUACCUAUGGUUAUGUCAAGAAUAUGGAGUGUUUUAAACGAAAGCAAGGAAGCAGGAAAUGACAAUACUGCCCCUCUAUUGAAUAAUGCGAUAGAUUAUAAGGACUGGAGAAAGCAGCUUCAGCAUUCACUGGAUAAGCUUAGAGAUCAUUUCUGUAGACAAUAUGUGUUGAAUUUUAUAUAUUCAAGAGAUGGGAAAACACGCCCUGAUGCAAAUAUUUAUUUAUGUGGGGAAGGUGAUGAUCUUAAUUGGAAUUCUGAUCCUUUGCCUUCGUUGCCCUUCCAGGCAUUAUUUGGAAAGCUGCAGCAAUUAGCAACAGUUGCUGGAGAUGUGUUACUUGGGAAAGAAAAGAUACAGAAAGUGUUGCUUGCAAGGCUAACUGAAACUGUUGUGAUGUGGGUGAUGUCUAAUGAAGAGGAUUUUUGGGGUGUUUUAGAAAAUGAAGUGGCAAAACUUCAGCCACAAGGAUUGCAACAGUUGAUUCUUGAUAUGCACUUCACUGUUGAAAUUGCGCGUUUUGCUGGUUACCCUUCAAGAAAUGUGCACCAAAUGGCAUCAUCUAUAAUUGCUCGUGCUAUAAGAACAUUCUCAGGCAGAGGUCUAAACCAACAAAGUGCAUUGCCAGAGGAUGAAUGGUUUGUUGAAACUGCAAAGGCUGCAAUAAACAAACUGUUGAUGGGAGGUGAUGGAUCUGAUGCUUCUGAAAUCGAUGAAGACCAUAUAAUCUUACAUGAUGAUGAUGAUGAUGAUGAUGAAGAUGAUGAUGAUGAAAUACAUGAUGAAGUGAUCUCGGAUUCUGAUGAGUCUCCGUCUUCUCUCUCAACAAUUACUACAUCCGAGUCUUUUGCUUCUGCUGAAAGUCAAAUGUUGGAUAGUCUGUCGGACUUUACAGAUCCCGAAUCAUGAUUUAUCUAGUGAUGUCUAGGAUUAGAAUUAAAAUAUUCAAGUAGUUUGCGUGUAAUAUUUACUAAAAGUAAAUUGUUGUGGUUUAAUUUGGAAGUUCUAUGAUAGCA